AUGUUUUUAUGGUGUGCUUAUGUGAUUGCUAAUAUUGCUAAUCAUGAUCUUUUAUUAAGUUAUCCAGAAGAUCAAAAUAAAUAUCAAUCUCAUCCUGGUCAAUUAAUUAUGAUUGCUUUAGGUUUUGGUUUUUCUGUUAUGUUCUCUGUUUGGUGUUUUGCUGGUGUUUCAGGUGCUGCUUUAAACCCUGCCGUUACUUUAUCCUUAGCUUUGGCUAAAGCUAUUACACCAACUCGUUGUGUUGUUAUGUGGCUCGCUGAAAUUAUUGCAGGUUUAGCUGCAGGUGGUGCCGCAAGUGGUAUGACCCCAGGUGAAGUUAAAUUUGCUAAUUCUUUAGGUCUUGGUUGUUCAAGAACUAGAGGUUUAUUUUUAGAAAUGUUUGGUACCGCCAUCUUAUGUUUAACCGUCCUAAUGACAGCCGUUGAAAAGAGAGAAACUAAUUUCAUCGCUGCUUUACCAAUUGGUGUAUCUUUAUUCAUUGGUCAUUUGGCUUUAACUGCUUACACAGGUACAGGUGUUAAUCCUGCAAGAUCUUUAGGUGCAGCUGUUGCAGCUAAAUAUUUCCCAGGUUAUCACUGGAUUUACUGGAUUGGUCCUUUAUUAGGUGCCUUCUUAGCUUGGUCAGUUUGGCAAUUACUACAAUGGUUAGAUUAUGCUACUUUAGUUGCCGCUGAAAAGGAAGAAUGA